AUGAGCUCUGAUGAAGAAGAAGAAGCAGCCGCGGCCAGAAAGGGCGGUGGCGAUGCUGGCGGCCCCGAGAAAUGGAAAUGGGAACCAGGCAAGCUGGAAUAUCGGCCGGAGAGGCAGAUUGAAAAACAUGUGCCCGUCCUCGAACCGGAGUUGAAGGCUUUGCUUCCGAUAAUUCAAGGACUGACAAGACUCUCGCCGUCCCAUCGCAUUUCGACAUUGCAUGCUCUCGAGUUGAUCAGGGCGAUUCCCAUUCCUGACAUUACUUUUUCCGACGACAGCGGCAUGCCCGACGAUUGA